AAAAAAUCCCUUAAAUCUUGGAACCCUAACUGGUAAAAAAGUAGAACCAGAGCCUUCGGGCAGUCUCAAUCUCCUUCUCUCUUUGUCCUGUUCAAACUUCAAUGCUCAACACAACUCUCCCAACCAGGAAACUUUCUAUGGUCGGUUAGUAACAGAGAAACUUAAUUCAUGGCCGCCACAGACGCCAGUCCCAAAUUCCAGCAACCCACGGACUUCCGUCCGGUUCCGCAACCGCCGGAUUUUCACCCGGAGCUAGUCGUAAAAACCCCACACGACGGGCUCCACUUCUGGCAAUACAUGGUUGCUGGUUCCAUAGCCGGCUCCUUCGAGCACAUGGCCAUGUUUCCGGUCGAUACAGUCAAGACCCAUAUGCAGGCUUUGCGCUCGUGUCCCAUCAAAUCCGUCAGUGUCCGUCAAGCACUCCGGUCAAUCAUUCAGACGGAAGGACCAUCGGCCCUCUACCGUGGGAUCGCCGCUAUGGGCCUCGGUGCUGGCCCAGCACACGCAGUUUACUUCUCCGUGUAUGAGAUUUGCAAAGAAUUCUUCUCUCGCGGGAACCCCAACAACCCAGCUGCCCACGCAAUUUCGGGUGUUUGUGCUACAAUUGCCAGCGACACGGUUUUCACACCUAUGGAUAUGGUGAAGCAGAGGUUACAGCUGGGUAAUAACAUGUAUAAGGGCGUUUUGGAUUGCGUGAGGACUGUUUUGAGGGAGGAGGGGUUUGGUGCAUUCUACGCUUCCUAUAGAACCACUGUGUUGAUGAAUGCUCCAUUUACUGCUGUUCAUUUUGCCACUUACGAGGCUGCAAAGAGAGGAUUGAAGGAGAUUUCAUCGGAUAGUGCAGAUGACGAGCGACUGGCUGUUCAUGCUACUGCAGGCGCUGCUGCUGGAGCAUUGGCAGCUGUGGUUACAACUCCGCUUGACGUAGUUAAAACCCAAUUGCAGUGUCAGGGCGUGUGCGGAUGCAACAGAUAUAAGAGCAGUGCGAUUGGGGACGUGAUUAAAACAAUAGUAGAAAAGGAUGGCUAUAGAGGACUCAUGAGAGGGUGGAUUCCAAGAAUGCUUUUCCAUGCCCCUGCAGCUGCAAUCUCCUGGUCUACAUAUGAAGCAUCAAAGGCAUUCUUCCAAAAGCUCAAUGAUAGCAGUAGUAACAGUGGCACCAUCAAAUGAAAAAUAUUUAAUGAAUGGGGGGUAAUUUCAUCAUUUUUGAGUUGGCAUCAGGAAGAAUUCAGUUUUUCCUUGGCUGCAUCAAAAUAUCUUCUCAUAAGUGCCAGUGAAAGGUUUUCUCCACACGAGAACGUUGAUGAGCUAGCAAUAAUGAAUUUUGCCUUUUUCGCACCUAGCAGUGGUUUCAUAAUUCGAUUUUAGUGAAGUCGAAAGGUCAGAGGUGGAAAUUAUUUAUACUGCACACAAUAGUCAGGAACUCAGGAUCCAUAAUCUUCUGGAAAUAAAUACUCAGCGAGUUUUUCUUUGUUCAAUCCUAUUUCAUGAAAUUUCCACAAAAUUUUUACUUGUAA